AUGGAUCGUGUGUUUGCUCAUACCUUCACUGGUUCUCUUUUCUCUGAGCCUGUUCUUCAGAGUCGGCAUCGUCAUGCCCUUGCUUAUCAAGAUCGUGACAUAGCCAUACCGGUUCAAGUCCUACUUCCUGAAUUUGUGGAUUAUGGACUUGAUAUCAGAGGCUUUAUUCACAAUCUCGGAUGGGGCUCUUUGUUGCAAAAUCCUCCAUCCCUUGUGUGUCCUGAGUUGGUUCGCUAUUUCUAUUCUAAUCUCAGAUCCUUUGGCCUUCACUCUAGAAGCUUCACUACUGUUAUGUUUGGCCAUCAGGUCACUAUUCCUGUUGAAGAUCUUGGCCAAAUUCUUGAUCUUCCCUCUGUAGGAGAGUCGCUUUCUCAUUCAUCCGAACUCUGGUUGUUCAACUUCAAUAUAGCUGAAGAGUUCGUUCAAUUGACUGGUCUUCAUCCUGGUCCUGAUCUUUCGUUACCAGUCAAUCUUGUUCUUCCUCAUCUGCGAGUUCUGCAUUUUGCCAUCACUCGGAUCUUUCUACCUAGAACUCAGGCUCUGGAUCGUAUUGUUCCUCUGGACUUGUGGAUCAUGGCUCAUGCUGUGUGGAAUGUUCCCCUCAACUAUUCCAUUCUCAUCUUUGGGGUGUUCAUUACCUAUGCUGACUCUUCCUAUCCUGGUCCCCUGCCUCUCGGACCUCUUAUCACCAGACUUGCUGUCCGUCUUGGUGUCACUAUUACCUCUUUCCGCACCGAAAAUCCCUCUUUUCUCAUGCUGACGGAUCAAGUUCUUGAUGAAUGUGAGAUUGCAAUUGGGGGGGAUGGGCUGCAGAUGCUGAUAUUGGAGUUGAAGACAGUGAUGGAGAUGACAGUGAAGGAGAUGAAGAUAGUGGAGCUAGUGAUACUCCCCCACUUGCUACAGUUGCUGGGCUACUAG